UUCGUACACGAAAGAUGGCGCUAAUAUACAAAUUUGAAUGAAAAUGUAAAUGUAAAUAAAGUUUAUAGUGUAUAUAAACAAAAAUACUAGGUGUUUAAACUAACCGGAAAAUACUUAUUUUUAGCUUUAAUUUAUACCCAACGAGAUAUAAUGAACUGAUUCAUGUAAAUAUUACGUAAAUAAAUUUUCUAUAAGUUAUGUUGAACAUGUAUACAAAGUACUCUGUGAUGUGGACAUUUAAUUUGAUGGUUUUAAUACUCAAUAUUGAAAUUGUAAUUUCAAGAAAUGAUCCUAAAAACGACCCAAGAAGCAAUGGAGAUCUGGCACUUUGGAUCGAUGAAAAACAAGUUAAAAUGUUCAGUGGCAUGUCCAUGGAGAUCUAUGCCAUAGUGAAUGGGAAUGUUCUGCCAUACAUUUUGGAUCCAAAUUUUGAAAAGUACCUUCCAGUUAUUCCAUCUGAAGUUAGCUAUGUAAAUUUCACAUGGAAAGCUGGGAAUAAAAAAUAUUACUAUCAUUUUGAUAGACUUCAAUCUUAUGAUGAAAGUAUUCUUGAGGCACCGGUAAUAUCAAUAAAAACUAAAGGAAGAGUACCCAGGCGCCCUAAAGAAUUCAGUAUAUUUUUGCCUUGCUUAGGAAACAGCUCUGGAAUUGCCAAAUUUGGCAUAGGACUUCUUAUUGAAAGCAGAAAAGGGAAGCCAUUAAAUGGGACACCCUUAAGACUAAAACUAAAAAAGGAGUGUGCACAAAGAAAUCCAGAUCCAGAAUGCGACAAAAAAUGUGCAAAUCAAGGUAGAUGUAAUCAUGAAAAGAUUUGUCAGUGCCCUGAAGGUUAUAUGGGACCUUAUUGCCGUACCGCAUUAUGUUACCCACAAUGUAUGAAUGGAGGUAAUUGUACCUCACCUGGAAUAUGUAGUUGUCCUCCUGGAUUUCAAGGAAGACAUUGUGAAGGAGGUAUUUGUGGUGAGAAAUGCCUGAAUGGGGGCAAAUGUAUUCAAAAAGAUACUUGUGAAUGUUCCAAGGGUUAUUAUGGCCCCCAUUGUGAAUAUUCGCGGUGUAUUAUACCUUGUUUGAACGGAGGAAAAUGUAAGGCAGUCAACAAAUGUCGUUGUCCAAGAGGCUUCAGAGGCGAUCACUGUGAGAUAGGUAGAGCUAAACCAGCAAGAAGUAACUGCCAGUUAGCUUGUAAACAUGGUACUUGCGUUGAUGACGCGUGUUCCUGUGAUCCUGGAUGGUAUGGCCGAUUAUGUCAUCACAUGAUCAUGUGAAGUUACUGGAGACAGGAGGCUAAAUUACAAUUAUCUAAAAUUGUUUCAAGUGACAGCUACUUCCGUUAUUGUGCUAUUAAUAAUAUAUUUGUUUACCUUACAUGCUGGUAAAAAUCGACUUAACAGCUUGUUAAUAAAAUAAUUUAAGGAUUGUAAUGUUUAGCUCGUUUUCUUAAAUAUUUCUUUUGAUUAUUUAAAAUCAAAAUUGAAGAAAAAGUUUUGAACAUUAUGCCUUAUUCGCAUUAAUUUUUUUAUAUUUUUUUAUUUACAAUGUUUUUACAAGCUCUAAAAUCCAAAGCAUUUAACAUUAGUAUUUUGUGCCAAAAUAUUUUUGUAUAAAUUUUUAGAAAUAUUUAUCUGAUUUUGUGUGAUAUGAAAAGUGUAGGUAGGUACUUAAGUAAUAUUUUGAG